AAAAUGAUUGGUUUAUUGUAGAUCGUAGUGGAAAUGAUAUCAGCCACCGACUCCCAUACGGCAGAUAGAGAAAUGUAUUCGCAGUUUCAUUUUCACUUGAGCCACGUUCGGGCGUUUAAAGGCCACGAGUGAGUUUCGCGCUGCACAAUACGAGUAGAGUGAUAGAAUGACGCUUCCACUUCCAGCGAAAAACUCAGAGGAUGAAGAAGAUCAGGAUAGUGAGCUGCCCCCACCUCCCGAUGGUGGAUGGGGAUGGGCCGUUGUGUUUGGUUCCUUCAUGAUCCACAUUAUAACGGAUGGUGUAACCUACUCGUUUGGUGUAUUUUACGAUGAAUUCUUGGGUUAUUUCAAUGAAGGAAAAGGGCCAACCGCUUGGAUUCUUUCAAUACUUGUUGGAAUAACAUUAUGUUCAGGUCCGAUAUCAAGUGCCUUCGUUAACCGAUGGGGUUGUCGGGCGGUAACAAUUGCAGGUGCGAUUCUAGGCAGCGUUUGCAUGAUAAUAAGUUCGUUUGCCCAGAACGUGACAACGCUGUACUUCACUAUUGGUAUAGGAACCGGAUUGGGUUUCGGUUUAAUUUACCUCCCGGCCAUUGUGAGUGUCACGACCUACUUUGAAAAAAAAAGAUCGCUCGCGACAGGCAUUGCAGUAUGCGGCUCGGGAUUGGGAACGUUCAUCUUUGCCCCACUGAUCAAUCUACUUUUGAGAGAGUACGGCUGGCGCGGUGCCAUGUUAAUUGUUUCGGCACUCGUGCUAGAAUGUAUAAUAUUCGGUGCUUUAUUUCGACCAUUGGAAUAUGAUGUUAAACCUCCCAAGGGUGAAGUUGGUAACACGCAUACCUCUCCCAAAACAGAUUUGAGUGUUUCACAUGAUCGUAUAGACGUGUAUGCUAACGGAGGCAAUAGCAGUAAAAGCGAUAUGAAACGUCCCAAAAGUAUGACGUUAUUAUUAGACCCUCAGAAAAAUGGAAAGAUGAGUUACAACUUUAGCAGAAGUCAACCGGCAUUAAACUCGUCGCAUUAUGAACCGUUACGCCAUCGCUAUGGAAGUCAAAAUCUAAAACGCUCCCGUCCUGUUUUCAGGCAGGACGCCUUUUAUCAGUACAGCAUUCAAAACCUUGCCAUCUUUAAAUCGAAACUCGAUGUAAAAGAGGCAUCGGAAGUUGAAAAGAUGAUCAGAAAACCAUCAAUUCACAGUAGACACAAGCAUUCUGAGACGGAAGAAACAAAGACGACCGUUUGCGGAUUUAUUCCAUGCUCCGAGGAGACCAAAGAGACGCUUUAUGAAAUGUUAAAUCUCUCACUGCUCAAGGAUCCUAUUUUUAUACUCUUUACAGUUAGUAACUUCUGCACUAGUAUCGGAUUCAACAUUCCUUACGUGUACAUUGUUUCAAAAGCGAAAUCCCUCGGCAUAUCCUCGGAUAAUGCCAGCAUACUAUUGUCAAUUAUUGGAAUCGCAAACACGAUAGGGAGAAUAGUCUUAGGUUACGUCUCCGACAAUCCGAAAAUUAAUAGACUCUUCGUAUACAACAUGUGCCUUACCAUCUGCGGUGUAGCUACCGCGUUAAGUGCCUUCUGCGUUGACUUUUACUCACUGGCCUUUUAUGGUACCAUUUUUGGUUUCACUAUCGGCGCAUACGUAGGCCUUACUUCAGUAAUAUUGGUUGAUCUUCUAGGCUUAGAAAAGCUGACGAAUGCAUUCGGGCUGUUACUGCUGUUCCAAGGGAUUGCAUCUUUGAUUGGUCCUCCAAUAGCAGGUGAACUAUACGACUCCCUUGCAUCGUACGACCCCGGUUUUUACGUAUCGGGCGUUACAAUUGCCAUCAGUGGACUUAUUUUGUUUGCCAUUCCCCCACUACAAAGAUGGCAGGCGAGAAGAACUAACAUAGUCGAGGCCAGAAAUGGAAAUGUGUAGCUAGUUUUCAAUUUAGACAUUUGUAUAUAUGAUAUAUCGAUAUAUCUUUUGAUAUAUUACAAAAACUCUUAAUUUCUGCAGUGCAGAAAACCACUUGACCAAGGAGCUGUGUCUUAUUUUAGUGAAAUUGUCUUCAUUUAUAAGGUAGCUUUAUUUACAAUGCAAAAGUGAUAUGUGUGCGUAGGUUUUUAUACGGCCUUUUAAUCCUGAUGGGAAAAUAUUUGGUACUCUAUGAUUGAGCGCUCUAGUUUUCUAGCCAAAAUUGUACAAAAUCUUUAAAUGCAAAUAUUUUCAUUAAAU